AUGGCGGAAAUGGACCUGGUGGCUGAGUUGCCGCGUCCCGAGGGUGCUGCGCGCUGGGCCGAGGUUAUGGCUCGCUUUGCGGCCAGGCUGGGCGAGCAGGGCCGGCGGGUGGUGCUGGUCACGUCUGGAGGCACUAAGGUUCCUCUGGAAGCGCGAGCCGUGCGCUUUCUGGACAACUUCAGCAGCGGGCGACGCGGGGCAGCGUCGGCGGAGGUCUUCCUGGCUGCCGGCUAUGGGGUCUUGUUCUUGUACCGAGCACGCUCGGCCUUCCCCUACGCCCACCGCUUCCCGCCCCAGGCCUGGCUGUCAGCCCUUCGGCCUUCUGGCCCAGCUCAAUCGGGCAAGCUGAGUCUGGAGGCCGAAGAGAAUGCACUCCCAGGCUUUGCUGCAGCGUUGCAGGGCUACCAAGAGGCAGCUGCUGCCGGCACCUUCCUGGCUGUAGAGUUUACCACUUUGGCGGAUUACCUGCAUCUGCUGCAGGCUGCGGCCCUGGCUCUCAAUCCAUUAGGCUCUUCUGCGAUGUUUUACCUGGCCGCGGCAGUGUCAGAUUUCUAUAUUCCUGUCUCUGAAAUGCCUGAACACAAGAUCCACUCAUCUGGUGGCCCACUGCAGAUAACAAUGAAGAUGGUGCCGAAGAUGCUCUCUCCUCUGGUUAAGGACUGGGCUCCCAAAGCAUUUAUAGUUUCGUUCAAGCUGGAGACAGACCCGGACAUCAUCAUUAGUCGGGCUCGGAAUGCUCUGGAAGUUUACCAGCAUCAAGUAGUGGUGGCCAAUAUCCUGGAGUCAAUAAAGUCCUUUGUGAUUAUUGUAACCAAAGACUCAGAGACAAAGUUACUGCUGUCUGAGGACGAGGUAGCAAGAGGCAUGGUGAUAGAAGAGAAGAUCGUAGACGACCUUCGGUCUCGACACACAGCGUUUAUAUGUGACAGAAACUGAAGGGAUGCUCCCCUAGGGUUAAAAGCCGGGUUCUCACCACUGAUGUGAACUAAAGUUAAUCCUUUGUUAAGGAUAAACACAGUGAAGAAGUGGCAAAAAACAGUGUGCGGGCAAAGGCCUGUGAAACACUGGACACCUUGAUCUGGAAAGUGAACAAGAUUCACAAAGACUGUGUGAUUGCGUGUUCUGCAGAGCAGACGGGACUGGAGCUGCUGUCUGUCAGCCUGCUGUACAGUAGAAAGAUCGUAGGCGCAUGAAUGGUCAUGCUCUGAAGAAGUACUUAUCGAGUGCCUACCCUUUGCCAGGGCCUUUGUGCGCUGUGAGGGUCUGAAAGAUGAGCGAGCGUUGUCUCGUUUGGGACCUGGAUGUACAAAAAUGUAUGUGCAAUAAAGUGUGUGCCCAUAAAGGGACACUUGG